ACGUGAUAUAGAACGUAUAGAACGUAGUAUAGUAUGUAGUGUUAUACUGCGCCACGUGUAUCAGUUAUCCAGUUAUACUACAGCAGUGAGGUAUCUGAGAUCACGGAGAUACACCAGGAAGUCUGGAGAGAAAUGUGUCAUUGGUGACAUAGAGUUAUGUGAUUCCUUACUCAUACACCGUCUACAGAUGAACACACUGACCCACGUCACCAUGGAGGACACGGGUAUCUGUGAUGAGGUGUCACGUUACUUGAGCAUCCCUCUAGAUAAAACACGCAUGAGUGAGGGUGAACGAGGAGCGUUUUUAGAGGAAUUACGGAAGACCGGGGAGUGUGUACAAUCACAGGGCAGUGUCAAGUGGCUCUGGAGAUACGAGAGAAAUGACAUCGUGAGAUCCUGUAUAGGUUUCCACCCACACUGGGAUAUUUACAUGAUCAAGAACAAGGCUUACAGAAAACACAGUCAGUACCACGACCGUCCUCCAGCUGAACGUUGUCUCCUGUACUGUCUUCUGAUGGUGGGCGACUACACCGUUAAGGUCAAGGACGAAUCUCACAUCACGAUGUACAAUGCGAUCAGAGAACGAUACUUUACAGAACUACCUGUUUGUGAGGAAAUCACCGCCGCCGACAAUCCCGAGGAAAUCAUUCACGUGGAAAACGACGUAAUCAAGUUUAAGCCAUCCGACAUCCGACAUGACGUCAUGUACGCGUUCAUUACAGAGUGUCUGGUGGAGGACAGUGAUCUGAAGUUUUUCUUGACCACGGCGUCACCUCACGUGAUAUCAGAAUACUGCCGAUCGUGGGAGUAUAAGAGGAGUGAGGGAGAGCGAUGUCUGUAUAUACCGUAUAGACCGGAUGAGAUGUACGAGCUGUUCAUAGACAGACUACAGCUGGAUAUCCUCACACACUGUACCAUGUCAGACAUGAGGAUUCAGUACAGGAUCAGUGAACGUUGUAAGUAUGAUUAUCAUGUAUCACCUGACUUUGUUAUUCACAGACGAGGGGAUUCAUUACAGUAUCAGCAAACGUUGUAAGUAUUUAUCACAGAACACCUGAAAGUUUUACCAGAUAAAAGUAUUUCUGCAGAAAGGUCAUUACCAUGGAUCUGAAAUUUUAGUUUUGUAAAAUUAGUUUGGAAAGUAGGUACGAGAAUAAUGUGUAUAUUUAUCAUUAUCUGCAAAAAAAAAAAAAAUAAAUAAAUAAAAAAAAAGUACUGUAAAAACAAACAUGCAUAGCUUUGUUUACUUGGCAUUUCAGUUUAAAAGCAUUAUAUUGAUAUAUGAUGUACAGGGACAGGGAAAACCACGAAAAGCCCGAAAUAUAAAAAUAAAUAAAGAAAUGAUAAAUUAAUACAAAGAAAUAAAAGAUGAAUGUUUGGUGUGGUCAGUGUCUCUAGCGAUAUGCUCUAGAUGGACAAACUGUUUUGUUACUUAGGGUUUUAACGGUAAGGUAUUAACAUUUACAUUCAAACGUGAUAAUGAUAUGAAAAACUUUAAAAUAUGAUGUAGUUAAUGUGAGAAUAUUUCACACAGACAUCACUAAAGUAACUAGCAUUGCCAGUCUGAUCAACCAUAUUCAAGUCAGCAUCAAUCCCUGACUGCUGAAAAACAAAGCUUUACUUUAUAUUAACUGGGCAGUCUUGGGACCACGUUGAAGGAAGUUUAAAAUGCAUCUAAUGCAGCAUAUAUAUAUUUUUUGAUUUUCGAGAGAAUGCAAGACAUUAUCAGAUAUGUGUGAAAAGGGGUUUCUUUUUUGUGUCAGAAGUUACCCCAAACACUUGUCUGACAUAUCAUUACGAUAGUAAUAUACAUGUAAAGAUAAAAACUUCAAUUGAUACUGUACAUCGUUGCACUUUUACACGUACUGCAGCUUGUCGCAAUGAUUAUGUAAAUUAGAUUUUCUUUAAACACAAGGAUAAGGAGAACAUAAAGGGGUGAUUUCAAGGUCACAUUAUAAUAUUGAUUUCACUUUGGCGCAUACCAUACAUAAAAUUAGGGGAGUGCUAUGAUUGAUUGAUUGUGUAUUAUCUAACUUCCCUCUCGAGGAUUUUUAUUAAUAUGGAGACGUCAACAUUGUUCAUGAAGGGCUACAUCGUUUAGACCUAUGCUAGGAGUUUGCUGCCUUUGAGCAGGGAGGGAUCAUUAUCGUGCUACACUUGCUGUGACACGGGACCUCUGUUUUUGCGGUCUUAUCCUAAGGACCAUCCCAUUUAGUCGCCUCUUACAACAAGCAACGGGUACUGGAGACCUAUUGUAACCCAGAUCCACACGGGAUGAGAGAAAGAGUUAUUUGAUAUGAAAAAGAGAUUAUAUAUGAUCAGUGACGGAUUUAAGGGGUGAGGCGCAGCCGGCUCCCCAUCC